UAUAGACGGCCCAACGGCCGUUGCGGCCCGCGCCAUGGCUGACUUGCCUUCACUCGCGGUGGAAGCACCAGAGAGGUCGACCACGCCGCAUGCAUCACCCAGCUUCCUGCGCACACCGCCCAGCGGCGGCCCGCCCACGUCGGAGGUGACUGAGGCGCUGGCGGCGUUGCGUAGUGACCUUUCGGACAUGCAUCUGCUGCAGAUCCAGCUGCAGCGCGAGCUGCGCGGCUUCUCGGAGCGCUUCCCAGCGGAGCUGCGACAGGAGCUGCGGGAGGUGAAGCGACCGAUGAUGGCGGAGAUGCAGAAGUUGUCCGGCAAGUUGCGAGACCCAGAUGCAAAUCGCAAGUCCACUGUGCGCACGAGCGACCCCUCGGCGUCGUUAACCUCAUCGCCAUCGACGCCGCGGGAAAGCACCGCGGACAAGCCGCGGAAAGCAUCCUCCGGGAGCCUCAAAAGCGAAUCUGGCACCCUGGCGUUGUCGGCCACCUUCGCCGAGAACCCGGAGAACCAGGAGAAUGUUGAGACCGAGACCAAAAUAGAGGCGGUGCCCAAGAGACGCGUGCAGGACAAAACUCUGCGCAGUCAGAUGCCUGCCAGGACCAGCUGGUGGCAACAGCUGUCGCAUACCGCACGGAGACUCUUUAUGGAAGUGUCCCACGAUAUCAUGGAGCAGAUGCGUUUUCGAGGCGUGAGAUUGCCCGGCGCAUUGGCCUUCCUCAACGUGGUCCCUCCGCUCACCAUCUUGGUGAACUCUGUGGUCAUUGGUAUGCAGAGCGAUAUUGCACCGGACAGUGUGAUCUGGGAUAUUUUCGAGAUUGCGUUCAUCACCGUCUACUCCUUGGAAUUCGUUUUGAAGUUGCGAAUCUUCGGUUGCAAAGGCUAUUUUUGUGGCAAGGAAGCAGGAUGGAACUGGUUUGACUUUACAUGCCUCCUGUUGUCAUACGUUGACAUUGCAGUCUACUAUGCCGUUGUUUUGGUUCUGCGCCGCAACGGGCAGACAGACUUGUCUUCGUUGAUGUUGAUCAAAAUCUUCCGGCUCUCGCGCUUGAUCCGGCUGGUGCGCCUGGUGCGCCACAAGCUCUUCCACGAGCUCAAGGUGAUGCUCUUUGGCCUGUGGGCAGGGAUUCGCGUGCUAGGAUGGGCAAUCAUUUUGCUUUUUGGCCUCAUAUACACCUUCGGUGUGUUCUUGCGUAACAUCAUGGGAGAAAGUUUUAAGGAAUUGGAAACCGUGCCGGACGCGAUGUUUACAUUGUUUAGGUGCUUCAGAGACGAUUGUGCUGCCUACGAUGGCACACCCUUUCCCGAACGUGUGAGAGAGACUUACGGCGGCAUCUUCAUGGUGAGUUAUAUCUUGAUGAUCAUGACUGUCUCUGUGGGCGUCUUCAAUCUGAUCAUGGCCAUCUUCAUCGACAAUGUCACUGGAUCUCAGUUGCAACGUCGCAAUCGCGAACUGGCGGACUCCUCGGAAAAGGUGAGGGUCAUGAUCAAAGAGCACGUGGCGAGGUUCUUGGGCAAAGACGUUCGGUCUCGGCGGACCUUUGUCACAGGCGAUUUGGAUGUGCAACACAGCAUCUUGGACGAGCAGCUCUUGAAAGACGAGGUGGUGAUCCAUCGCGAGUCCUUUCAACGCUGGUUGCAGGAUCCUGAGUUCACGGAAGCGCUGGAAGAUGCGUACAUCGACGUGUCAAACAAAGCUCAUCUGUUUGACAUCAUGGAUGCAGAUAUGGGCGGACAUUUGUCUUUAGAUGAGUUAGUCGAGGGACUGAUGGCCCUGCGAGGAAGCGUCAAUAAAGGUGACAUCAUCAACAUGAGCCUGAAGAUUCGGCUCCUGACACGUCACGUGGACUCGGUCUUGAGCAUUGUCCAGCACAGCUUAGAUCCAGAUGGUGACCUGUGCAGCGAGGACAAAGAUCCUGCCGGAUGAUCACCAUGCCACCUGAAGGGAUAUUGCCUCGAUAGUUCCUUCGUCAGGUGUACUUCGAAGAGGAUCCGACAGCUAGCAGUUGAAGCAGCUGGGCACAGGGCUGAAGCAAGCAACAGGCGAAAUAGGA